AUGUAUAACCGUCCCUCCGCUAUUAAUGCCAACCGCAGAAACAUGAAAGUGGGUGGUCGUUUGCCCUGCAAGAACCUUGAGGUGAUGGUCCGAUUUGAAGAAGGAGGAUGGAGGCAGAGCUUCACCACUGAAGAUGUCAGUGGACUAAACACCACAGCGAUGGAGUAUCGAAACGCCCUCUUUCAAGCUGGACAGACGAGUUACCACCAACUCCUGACAGUAGAUCCCACCUCCGUUGAAAUGAAAAAACCUCUGGGCAAAUGUCGUCACGGAGAGACGUUUUCAGGACUGCUGAAACUAGCACCUCCUGUGGAGAACAAUGUACUGCCAGCACGAAAAGUUUUCCUUCGUCCAGCCCUACCCAACUCUGCUGUUAGAGUUGCUGAAAUCGCCGCGAGCAUCAGGCAUCCGCGAAUUGUCUUUUGCCAUGGAAUCCUGAAGGCGGUCCAGCCUCACCUCCUCGUUUAUGACUUCAUGGCACUAGGCCGACUCGAUAAGUUCUUAAUCUCGACCACCUUUCUUCGUACGCUUCCCAUGGCUGCUCUCUUAAAUCGUCAGGAAAUCGGGCGAUUCGAGGGCUGUGAGGAGUACAAAAAGAGCCAAAGUCGGCCACAUUCUCCACUUCUCUCCACAAAGACGGUCUUCCAUAUGCUUCAUCAAAUCGCCUCCGCUUUCGCCUUCCUCGUCUCCCUUUCCAUUGACAAUUUGCGACUGGACUCGUCUAGUGUCCUAGUGUCUUCUAACUACUGCUGCAAGGUACAACUCAAGACGUGUCCUCCUGAAGCCACGUCAAAUUGCAAUAUAAGUGCUGCUGGAGGCGUAGAUGUGGGUCCAAGUCUUAAGGAUUUCUUGGACGUUAGACCCUCGUCUCCUCAUAGCAAGGUUUUCAUCAUUCAAGAUGGUCAACAUGUACUUCUCCCAAGUAUUCUGAAACCACCCACAAAACCGCCACCUAGCAGAGUUUUCGAAUCUACCAUUCUGAGUCUCAAGUUAUCAGGGUCAGAAGACCCUUUAGCCAACAAUUCCAUGUCGACGACAGCUCCAGUGUUGGUGAAGAAUUUAGGCUGGCUCCAAGUGGAAGUGCUCUUGGCAUCGGUCUUCUGUCAACGAUGCACUCUUUGCGACUCUGCAACGUCGUCUUCCAAUGUAUCAGAGAAGGUCAGACGCAUUCUAAGGCACCUAGAAUGGGGUGAGACCCUCAGAUUGCGUGAAAACAUAUUGACGUUAAUAGCACGAUGGUUUGGAAAUGACUUUCUCGGAUGCAUGUUGAGUAGCUGUGUGAAUCAGGAGGCUUCACGAAGACCAGGACUGAUGGAGGUGGUGAACCACCUGCAGAACUACCUCACCGAUGGAGAUCCCACAACCCGAAAGGCCAAAAUCACUGCAGUCAUUCAUGGCGAUGGCAUGAUCCCACUACCAAUUGUCACUCCAGUGGAGGAGGUCUCAACCCACACCACACCAACCAAAUGGAAUAAUCUCCACUUAUCUCCGUCACCGUGUGCAGAGGUCAACCCCUUUUACACUUCCGAAACUGUAUAG